CUCUGACAGCUCAGCCUUUCCCUGCACAAACACGGAAGCAGCAUGGCGUCAAACGGCAAGAGCUCUGAGCGGCAAAGAAUUGCACAGCAAAGAUUGAGAAUCAUCGCCGGUCAUUUAAGAAAACAUGAAGAAUCAGAUCACACAGACAUCGCGGCUCAAGAAUGCAAAGCUGAGUCGAGUAGUAAUGCCGCGAAGCCAAACUCGGUGCCUAGGAGGAGGCAGGAGAUCAUGAAAUGGAAUGGUUGGGGCUACAGCGAUUCCAGAUUCCUCUUUAACAAAAAAGGACAAGCAGAAUUCACAGGCAAGAGGUAUCGGUUAAGUGGCUUGAUCCUGCCAAGUCUGAAGGACUGGUUUGAGGGCACCUUCGGUGCCAACCUGCAGCAUAAAAGCCCUGCCACGCCCGCUCUCAACGCCAGCGCGGUCCACCCCCCCACCCUGAGCGAGAGCUUUGUGGAGGAGCUGAAGGCCACGGGCAUCCCCUUCUCCCACGAUGCAGAGGACCGCGUGUUCCGCGCCCAUGGGCAUUGCUUACAUGAAAUCUUCGCUCUCCGUGAGGGGCGCUUCGGACGAUGCCCUGACAUGGUGGUAUGGCCAAAUUGCCACAACGACGUAGUCAAAAUUGUGGAGUUGGCAUGCAAGCACAAUGUUUGUUUGAUGCCAUAUGGGGGCGGGACCAGCGUCUCCAGCGCUCUGGAGUGCCCUCCGGAGGAGAAGCGCUCCAUCGUCUCCCUGGACACCUCGCAGAUGAACCGAAUAUUGUGGAUUGAUGAGAAGAAUCUAACUGCCCACGUAGAAGCUGGCAUCAUCGGGCAGGAUUUGGAGGGACUGCUCAAUGAGAGUGGCUACUGCACAGGCCAUGAGCCCGACUCCAUGGAGUUCAGUUCUCUAGGGGGCUGGGUGGCCACCCGUGCGUCCGGCAUGAAGAAGAACAUCUAUGGCAACAUAGAGGACCUGGUGGUGCAUGUAAAGAUGGUGACCCCCAGAGGGGUGAUCGAGAAGAGCUGCCAGGGCCCGCGCAUGUCCACCGGACCCGACGUCCACCACUUCAUCCUGGGCUCCGAAGGAACCCUGGGAGUUGUGACCGAGGUCACCAUGAAGAUCCGGCCAGUCCCCGAGUACCAGAAGUACGGCUCUGUGGUCUUCCCAAACUUCCAGGCGGGCGUAGCCUGCCUGAGAGAGGUGGCCAAACAGAGGUGUGCACCUGCAUCCAUUAGGCUAAUGGACAACGAACAGUUUCAGUUUGGUCACGCGCUGAAGCCCCAGGAGUCCUCCAUCUUCACCUCUUUCGUCGAAGGCCUCAAGAAGUUCUACAUCACCAAGUUUAAGGGCUUCGACCCGCACCAGCUGUGUGUGGCCACGCUGCUGUUCGAGGGCGACCGCGAGAAGGUCCUGCAGCACGAGAAGCAGGUGUACGACAUCGCAGCCAAGUUCGGGGGCCUGGCAGCUGGAGAGGACAAUGGCCAGAGGGGCUACAUGCUGACCUUUGUCAUCGCCUACCUCCGGGACCUGGGGAUGGAGUACUAUGUGAUUGGCGAGUCGUUUGAGACCUCCGUGCCUUGGGACAGAGUGCUAGACCUGUGCAGGAACGUUAAAGAGCGAAUCAUCAGGGAGUGCAAAGACAAAGGAGUCCAGUUCCCCCCACUGUCCACAUGCAGAGUGACUCAGACCUACGACGCUGGCGCCUGUGUUUACUUCUACUUUGCCUUUAACUACAGAGGGCUGAGUGAUCCACUGAGUGUCUAUUUACAAGUGGAGCAUGCUGCCAGGGAGGAGAUCCUUGCCAACGGAGGAAGCCUUUCCCACCACCACGGAGUCGGGAAACUUCGGAAGGAGUGGAUGCGAGACACCAUCUCCGACGUGGGUCUGGGCAUGCUGAAGUCGGUGAAGGAAUACGUGGACCCGGACAACAUUUUCGGCAACCAGAACCUCCUCUAAAUCACGCCCCCUCACUCCCGGCCCACUCACCCACUUCGCCGCUCCACCCCCCACCCCUCACCCCUCACCCCCCUCUGCCCCCCCUAAUCCAAAUUACUAGCACACUUAGGUUCCGCAUUUAGUUGGGUCGGCAUUAAAUGCUUUCUUAAUGUGAAAUAACUCUUCCAUAACAUGAAGCCUGUUUGUCUCACAGUAUGAUUGCAAAGCAGUGUUUUUAUUUUGUUAUGAGUCUUAUAAUGAUUAUUCUUAUUAUGAUUAUUGAUAUCAUUAUGAAGUGUUCUUCAGUUUAACAUCAUCGGAAACAGUGUAAUUUUUUUUUUCUCAUUCCUUGACCGCAGUCGGCUGCUUGUCUGAUGACCAUGAGCACUGGGCAGCUCUUGUCACUAUGCUUUCCCAGGAGUCUCAGACAACAGCAAUACAGCCUUCAUCUUCCUUUUGCUGAAAAGGAACUCCUGGUCAUAACGGUUGGAUUUUUUUUCUUGACCCAGGCAAAAUGGACAUUGCUAUCGUGAACACAAAGGUGUGUUACUCUUGUACAGAAUACAUGAUUUCCUGUCAGUCAUUU